AUGUCUAUGCAUAUAUUCCAAAAUGCUGCUUACCCAGAAAUUUGCAGGUAUUCCGUUGUUCCCAAGACGAAAAAGUGUCUGGAAGAUAUUGACAAAUUUAUCAAGGAAAACCAUUUUGAUGAAUGUGGAAUUAUAUAUUGUCUUUCAAGAAUGGACUGCGGGAAAGUUGCUGAAAAGUUGAAGGAGUUUGGUCAUAAAGCAGCGUUCUACCAUGGCAGUAUAGAGCCUACUCAACGUGCCUUAGUACAGAAACAAUGGAGAAAGGACGAAAUCAAUAUAAUAUGUGCCACUGUUGCCUUUGGAAUGGGAAUCAACAAGCCUGAUGUCCGCUUUGUAAUUCAUCACUCGCUCCCGAAGUCUAUAGAAGGCUAUCAUCAGGAAUGUGGUCGUGCUGGCAGGGAUGGCCAGCGGGCAUCUUGUGUUUUGUAUUACGGUUAUGGCGACUAUAUACGAGUUAAGCAUAUGAUUAGCCAAGGAAGAAUUGACCAAAGCCCCAUGGCAACUGGUUAUAAUCGAGUAGCAAGUUCAGGGAGGUUACUUGAAACGAACAGUGAAAACCUUCUCCGCAUGCUUAGAUACUGUGAAAAUGAGGUGGACUGCCGACGUUUCCUACAACUAGUCCAUUUUGGGGAAAAGUUUGACUCCUCAAACUGCAAAAAUACGUGCGAUAAUUGUUGCAGUAGCCAGAGUUUAAUUGACAAGGAUGUCACCUUGAUUACAAGGCAACUGGUUGAACUGGUGAAGCAAACAGGAGAACGAUUUUCUUCGUCUCAUAUUCUUGAAGUCUACAGAGGUUCCUUAAACCAAAUGGUCAAGAAACACAGACAUGAGACUUUGCAGUUGCUGGAAAACAGUUAUCAAAACUUGAAGUCUCUCGUAUCCUGCACUAUCUCGUUACAGAGGACAUUCUUGUGGAAGACGUUAGAAAAAGUGAAUAACUCAAAGGCUGCCUCACUCUUUUCUGGAAGCCAGACUAUAAUGAUGAGAUUCCCUUCUUCUGUAAAAGUAUUAAAGCCGACUAAAUCGGCGCCAACCCCUGCAAAAGCUCAGCUAACAUCAGCAGAUACUCCCUCAGAAGAUUUGAACCUCUCCGCCAUCAUCAAUGCAACGCUUCAGCAGAUAAGCAAGAAAAUUCCGAAAACCAAAGAGGAACUCUUAGAGAUAAAUGGCCUUGGGAAGGCCAAAGUAACCAAGUACGGUGACCGUUUGUUGGAAACAAUAGAGUCAACGGUCAACGACUAUUAUGGAACCAGUAACAAAGACUCCAUGAUAAGUCCAGAUUCAGGGAAGAGAAGAAGAGAUGAGAAUACUAGUCCGAAUGUAGCCGAGGAUGAUGAUUUCACAGAGAGCACAGUUAAGUCCUGCAAGAAAACAGCGAGGAACAAAAGCAAUGAGGUUGAUAUGGUCAGUGAGAAGCUAGUUUUUGAUUUUGAAGACGAAGAUGGGUCGGAGAUACGUCCUGAGGGAAGAGUGUUACCUUGGUGA